AUUUUUCCAGCAACUGUUCUUUCUCUCUCUCUCUCUGUGUAAUCCCUAUCGGGCAUCAUCUGUCUCUCUCUACUUUCGUUGUUGUUCUGGUAAUUGCAGCUGCUUAGUGGGUUUUCUCUGUAACUUUCAUGGCGACCGAAGAGGUUAAUAAGCCUCCCUCGCUUCCUCAGUACUCAGAGAUGAUAUUUGCUGCGAUCGCAGCUUUGGACGACAAGAAUGGCUCGAGCAAGUCCGCCAUAUCCAAGUACAUCGAGUCACAGUAUGGAAAUCUGCCGGCUGGGCACUCACAGUUGCUGUCCCACCACCUGAAUAGGUUGAAAGAAAGUGGAGAGCUCAUCAUGGUGAAGAACAACUACAUAAAGCCUAACCCCAAUGACCCACCGAAGCGAGGCCGUGGCCGUCCGCCCAAGCCGAAGAUUCCUCUUCCGCCCGGAACUGUUGUUGCACCACCAAGGCCGAGAGGUCGCCCCCCCAAGCCCAAAGACCCUUCCGCACCAGUAGUGCCUAAGGUGUCUUCAGGUACAGGGAGGCCCCGUGGGCGCCCUCCCAAGAAGGCUAGACCUGCAGGAGCAGCAACGGCGGCUAGUGGACCUCCAAGGCCACGCGGUAGACCACCUAAGGCGAAGCCUCCAUUUGCAGCAGUAUCUGUUUGAUUAACACUGAGCUGUAGUGAGAAUUCAUCUAAUUAUUACUUGUUCUUUCACACUCUCUUCCCAUUUUUCUUUUUUGUUUUUUUUUUUUCCUUUGUUGAGUGUUCCUAGCAUGUCUGAGUGUAUCUGUAAUUCCAUGUACAUUAUGCAGCGCAGCUGUUGAAGCUUGUUGUAUUUCCUUAACAAAGAGAAGUCUAUUAUUAUCUAGGGUCUAUUGUUGUUUCA